GUCAAAGCGGAAGAGACAUAGUCUCAAUGUGGAGUUCUGUGUGUGAGGUGGUGCUAUAGACGAGUUAUAGCACUGUAGCAACACUAUCAGUAUGAAGAAAAGGCGAUUCAUGCAAUAAAUAAACCCGUUCCUCCUGCUCCAGCUCCAUCUGUAUGGAUACGGCGUGUCGUUGCUCCAAGGUGUACCGUUGUGUUGUUCAGGUUUCGUCAGUAUGCGAUGGGGAAUUGUUGGGCUCAAUGUUGUGGGUUUUUCAGAAGGGAAACCAGCAGGAUCCAUAGAGGAGGGGGUUCCAAAUACUUUCGAACCAAUACUACUGGAGAACACUUUACCAUAGAGUUUGAGAAUCUCGUAGAGAGCGAUGAGGAUGAGAGCCAAGGAAGCAGCCAAAGACCGCUAAGUGAAGAAGAAAUUGGACAUCUUAAAGAAAAACGGUAUAAUGCAAUCACAGAAAAUCAGAAGACAGCAGACGAAAAGCUUCACUUGGAGUUAGCUGCACAGGAGGAGAAGUUAAGGAUAGAAGAGGAGGCUUUUUAUGCUGCUCAGCGCGAAGCUGCCAGGGCAGCAAUACAGAGCAAGCUUCUGGAGCAUAGGCUCCACAAGAUGAAACAGAGGCCGCAACUUGCAGGGAGCGGAGAUUACCAAAAAAGUUUAGCAGCAGGGGAGGAUUUUGAAACCUAUCUGCGGAAUGUAAAGACUCGGUCAGAAGCCUUCAGGAGCAGUAGAGCCACCUCUGAGACAAAUAUGACUCCAAACACAGAAAGCAGCUGUGACUUUACAAGCAAAACCAGGUCCACUAAUGAUGACACAUCGCUGGACCUGGAGUGGGAGGACGAAGAAGGGAUGAACACAAUGAUUCCAGUGAAGGAGCGAUCUAAAACUGAGGAGGACUUACUCCGAGCAACACUGAGACCCAGCGAUAGGAGAACAAGCAGUAAUCCCACAUCAGCCUCCGACGAUUCCAAUGGACUGGAGUGGGAAAACGAUUUUGUUGGCACCCAGAUUGAUGACAAUGGCAAUUCUGAAUAUGCAGGGUUUGUGAACCCAGUUUUAGAACUCUCCUCCUCCUCCUCCUCCUCCUCCUCCUCCAGCGACUUGCAAAAGAUUGACAACAACCAGCAAGAUAGAUAGUGUAAACCGACAUGAGUUGUUUGAAGUGCAACCAAACUGGUAAACUUUUGUCCUUCUGGUCGGGUUUUUUCUUUCUUAAGCCUGUCCUGUUUUGCCUUUUUGGAAUUACCGGGUCUGCUAAACUAAGUGCAAUUUGGGGUUUCGACCAUCUGCCGUGGUUGACAAAAUGAAGCUUUCGUGUAAUGACCCAAUUUCAUACUCCUACAUUUUCUAGUGAUAUCCAGAGAGCACACCAACCUGAAUCCUGCAUGUACUGGAGUUUCAUUUUGGUUGGUGAGAAAUUACUGUAAAAUUGGGGGGAAGGUAGGGGUGGGUGGCUCGUGUCCUUUGAUGCAUUAACACUGAUGUAUUAUCUGAUGUAUAGCACAUAGAAUCAGAUUAAGGAUUUUGUGGUUUUUAUAAUAUGAAAAUAUUCCUGUUUUUUUUGUUCCUCGUUCAAAUCCCCCCCCCCCCCCUCCCCACCACCCCCAGGAAAAUCCAAAUCAUACUACUUCAAAUAUAAAACAUUUCAACUGUAGAUCUGGAAGUGUUUUAUAAAUAGCUUUAAUGCAGGGAAGACAAUGUAUAUAUGAUUACAGAAACAUGAUUUUUCAAACUUUGUAUCUAUUCCAGUGCUACUUAACCUUAAAUCAUUGACUUCAUUGAUGUGAAAACACUUGAAUUGUCAAGAUGGUUUCUGUAAAUAUUUGUCCAGCCUUACCAUUAAAGCAAAACAUUUUAAAUUGUUCACUAACAUGCCUUGGUACCCUUAUGUUUAAGUUAAAGGUGUGACAAAGAAUGUGUUUUGUUUUAGCUAAUCAAACAGGCAUGCUGUGAGACAUAAAGCAAAUUUGUUUUUAGCUGUGCUGCUUCUCCUUCACUGUUAGUGUAUGUUAUUUUUUUACUGAAUAGUUUUUUGCAACCAGAUUAAAACAAAAGAUUCUUCAUCCAA